CCUUAACAUAUGGAGACUUCUUCGAAUGCGCCGCAACGGAAGUUGUGGGUCACGUGAUGCAUACAUAGAACCCGGCGAAAAUGGCAACUUUAGAAGAUAAAGCGAUUUGGGAUGAUGGGGAGGAAAGUUUGGGAGAAGAGAUAUUGAGGCUUUCUACAGAUGAAAUAGUCACAAGAACAAAGUUAUUAGAAAAUGAAAUUAAAAUUAUGAAAAGUGAAAUUCUCCGCAUCAACCAUGACUUAACAGCAACCAAGGAAAAGAUAAAAGAAAAUACAGAGAAAAUCAAAGUCAACAAGACUCUGCCAUAUUUAGUUUCCAAUGUCAUAGAGUUACUGGAUAUGGACCCUCAGGAGACUGGUGAAGAGGAUGGGGCCAACAUUGAUCUGGAUGCCCAGAGGAAGGGCAAGUGUGCUGUGAUCAAAACCUCCACACGACAGACCUAUUUUCUACCUGUCAUUGGACUGGUUGAUCCUGAGAAAUUAAAUCCUGGUGACCUGGUGGGUGUCAACAAAGACUCCUACUUGGUACUUGAAACCCUUCCUCAAGAGUUUGACUCGCGAGUAAAGGCUAUGGAAGUAGACGAGAGACCUACAGAGCAGUACUCUGACAUUGGUGGACUAGACAAACAGAUACAGGAGUUAAUAGAAGCAGUUGUUUUACCUAUGACUCACAGAGAACGAUUUGAGGCUCUAGGUGUACAACCUCCUAAAGGUGUGUUGCUGUAUGGUGCCCCUGGCACAGGCAAGACCUUACUGGCCAGAGCAUGUGCUGCACAAACAAAGUCCACCUUCUUAAAGCUGGCUGGACCGCAGUUGGUGCAGAUGUUCAUUGGAGAUGGAGCCAAACUUGUAAGGGAUGCCUUUGCACUGGCUAAAGAAAAACAGCCAGCAAUCAUCUUCAUUGACGAGCUAGAUGCUAUUGGUACCAAACGUUUUGAUUCGGAGAAAGCUGGAGAUAGGGAGGUACAAAGAACCAUGUUGGAACUUCUCAACCAGAUGGAUGGAUUUCAACCUAAUGCACAGAUCAAGGUUAUUGCUGCGACAAACAGAGUUGAUAUCCUUGAUCCAGCUCUCCUCCGUUCUGGGCGAUUAGACAGGAAAAUUGAGUUCCCUCACCCUAAUGAGGAGGCCAGGGCACGUAUCCUACAGAUCCACUCCAGGAAAAUGAACGUCAGCAAAGAAGUAAACUAUGAGGAGUUGUCACGUUGUACAGAUGACUUCAAUGGAGCUCAGCUGAAGGCCGUGUGCGUCGAGGCGGGUAUGAUUGCUUUGAGAAGAGGAGCAACAGAGCUAGCCCACGAAGAUUACAUGGAUGCCAUUAUAGAAGUACAGGCUAAAAAGAAGGCCAACUUACAAUACUACGCGUAGUGCUACUGGAUCCAGACUUUAGGACAUUGCUUUGUUAAAGAAUGUUGUGAUCCACAGAUGCCAAGUGCUUAUUUAUGGACAUUGUUGUGUGGUUAACAUAAGUAUACAGAAGCUAGUUUCAGCUCAACUUGUGUUCAAUCAUUGUGAUCUGAGAAGUACAAAUCAUAAAGAUAUUAUGUGACAUUGUUGACAGUCUGUCUGGCUACAUUAUAAUGUCAUGUUGAAUGUAAUAAAAAAACAAAAACAUUAUCAUUUUA